AUGGAUUUGUCAUUUUGCAACGAGUUUGAUGAUAUAAACGAGAUCAAUGAAGAGGAUGAGAUCAAUUACGCUCAAACUGCAUCGGCCGAUGACGAUUUUUUGUCAAGUGAUGAUGAAGUUUGUUCGAUUGAUGAUGAUAAUACCGCAUUCGGAAAAGUCGACAUCAUGGAUGACCACAAUCAACGGGAUUUCACAUUUCUUGAAAAUAUUCAUCAAUCUGUUCAAGUUCCUGAUGUUACAGACAUUGAUUUAUGUAAUGAGAGAAAAGAUGAUUGUGUUGAUCAACACUUGGUAAUAACUGGUAAAUCGUAUUGGAUUCCUUUUGUCCCUGAUGAUCUUAAGCCAAUAAUAAACCAUAAAUACCCAUCUGAUGAUGCAAUUGAAGACAUGUACAGAAGAUAUGCAUGUGCAGCAGGUUUUGAUGUUAGAAAGUCAACAAACAAAAAGAAGCGUGGUAUGGUCACCUUUGAUGAUGUUGAUGAGUGUCUUGUCAAGGAAUUUAUUCAUUACAUUCCUUCUAAUUCAAAUGCUUCUCAGCUUGAUCCAGAAGUUGAAAAUGAUGAUCAAUGGGAUAUACCUAUACGUGAGUCUACUUACAAGUCUGCACAAACAUUUACAUGUCCUUGUAUGAAGUUUGAGCAAUUUGGUUUUUUGUGUCGCCACAUUUUUACCGUAAUGAAGACAUAUAACAUCAAAGAGAUUCCUUCCAAAUAUUUACUCAGACGCUGGCAGAAGGACAUCAUCCCCACAGAACUAUUGAAAAAGUGUUUUCGUUAUGCUGAUUCUGACGAGAAUACCCAAAGAGUUGCACUUGAUAUAUUUUCUACUGUUGACAACUGUGUAUCUUCUCUCAGCAAUAAUCACACCAAAUUGAAAGAAUACUUGGACGAAAUAAAGCAGCUUGAAGCAAAGUUCCUUUCCAAUUUCACAACUCAUGAUAAAGGAAACAAGAAUAAAGAGUUCGAAAAAACACUUGGUGUUACCAUUCCCACUAGUGUGGAUAUUCACAAUCCAGGAGAAAUCCGGAACAAAGGAAGUGGUACUAAAAAAAGAAUGAAAAGUUCGAGAGAGGUUGCAACAGAAAAAUCAAAGGGUUCCAGAUGCAGUUAUUGUCGCAAUGGCAACGAUUAUGAUUGGCGAAAUUGUCCUGUAAGGAAAGAAGAUGAGAAGAAUAACAUUUUCAAAGAACGUCCCGGAAAGAAGAAUUAA